CGGGCUUUCAGUCUUGCGUAGUCCUGUUUCUGAAUACCUGCGCCACUGUCCCACCUGCUCUCCAUCUUGGGUCCUGUCCAUGUAUGUGUUCCGCGCUCGCCCAGAAGUUCGGAGAAGUCGCCGCGUGUCCCAUUUCUCCACUGAGAACCACAGUGAGGGCUCUGGGUGUCCCGGAACCCUGAAAUGGGGUUGGUGUCAUUCGAGGACGUAGCUGUGGACUUCACCUUGGAGGAGUGGCAGGACCUGAAUGCUGCCCAGAGGACCCUGUACAGGGACGUGAUGCUGGAGAACUACAGGAGCCUAGUGUUCCUGGGGCACUGUAUGAACAAACCUGAGUUGAUCUUCAAGUUGGAGCAAGGACUUGGGCCAUGGAAUGUAGCAGAAGCCUCGGGCAGGAGCCUCCCAGAUGUUCAUGUAUUGACUGAACCAAUUGGGACCAGCCAGAAAAGUCACAAAGUGUGUGUGUGGCAAGGUAGAACCACCCAACACAAGGCAUCGAGUGAAAAGAUUGCAGAGCUAAAGGAGCAACAGAAGAAGGUCCAUCGAGGGUCAAAAACCUGUGUAAGGGAAGCCCAUGGGAAGACGUUCUGUCAGAAGUCCCAGUGCACGGGGAUUCAGUUGUUUCCUAUGGGUCAGACAGCUCUCCGUUACAAGACUAAAGGUCAGAGACCUCACGAAGAGAUGAGCCAUGAGUAUGAGGAAUGCAGGACAAGCAUCUUCCAGAACUCACAAGAUACAGUAUGUCAGAAAACUCUUAAAGACAUAAGGCUCUGUGGAUGUACAGAGUGUGAGAAAGCUUUCUCUCCCAACACACAGCACACAAGUCACCCAAGAACUCAUGUACGUAAGAGGCCCUAUACAUGUAAGGAAUGUGAGAAAGCCUUCUGCUCUCAGAGAAAACUUAAUUUACAUCAAAUAGUUCAUACAGGUGAGAAGCCCUAUGAGUGUCCAGAAUGCGCGAAAGCCUUCUCUCACAAGGCAUACCUCACUCAGCAUCAGAAAAUUCACAUGAGCAAGAAGCCUUACACAUGCGCUGAAUGUGGGAAAGCCUUCUACCGCUUAGCGCACCUUACACUGCAUCAGAGAACUCACACGAACGAGAGGCCUUACGAUUGUACGGAAUGCCAAAAAUCUUUCCACUGCCGGUCACACCUUACUCUACAUCAGCGAACUCACACGGGCGAGAGGGCUUUUGAGUGCAUGGAAUGUGGGAAAUCUUUCUACUACAAGGCACACCUAACUCGACAUCAGAGGAUUCAUACCAACGAGAAGCCCUUUGAAUGUGUAGAGUGUGAGAAAUUCUUCUACUGCCAGUCAGACCUCACUGUGCAUCAACGAUCUCACACAGGUGAGAAGCCCUAUGAAUGUACGGAGUGUGGGAAAGCCUUCUACAAGAAGUCAAAACUCACUCUACAUCAGAGGAAUCAUAUAGGCGAGAAGCCUUACGCAUGCACAGACUGUGAGAAGGUUUUCUAUUGCAAAUCACACCUCACUCUACAUCAGAUAAUACAUACAGAUGAUCACCCAUAUAUAUGUACAGAAUGUGGAAAAUGUUUCUACUAUAAGUCACAACUCGUUGUCCAUGGAAGAACUCACACAGGUGACAGGCCCUACAAAUGCGGAGAAUGUGGGAAAGGUUUCUCCCGCAAGCCACACCUCAUUCGACAUCAAAGCAUAGCUCACUCAGAUAAGAAUAAUCAAAGCAUAACUCACACAGAUAAGAACAGUUUGAAUGUAGCAAAUGUGAGAAAGGCUUCUGCUGCAAGCCACGGCUCACUUUACAUCAGUGAACGGGAGCAUGUGGCAAGCAUUUUGAAAGAGAAGAAUGCAGGAUAGCUUUAUACUUCAAGGCACAAGUAGCAGCAGUGGACAACUCGGAUGAAGAGCCCUGUGAAUGGGAAGAAUGAGAAAACUUCAUACUCCAAGGCUGUGAAAAACAACUCUGAAAACAUGAGUUCAAAAUACAUAGUUUCUGAAAAUAUAAAGAUGUAAUAUGAAUUAUAGGAGGGGCUUCACAAACCUGAAUGAACACAGGCAGCUGCACUAUGACCCAGCUUGUCAGAAAGAUACAAAGGCAGGCAGAUUCCUGAGUUCAAGGUCAGCCAGGGACAGCAAGGAUAGGUUCCGGUGAGGUAGGAAUGGUAUUCUCAGGACCAGAUCCCACCCAGCUAAAGUUACUGUCUGUGCUUAACAAAGACAGGCAGAUCUCUGAAUUCAUUUGCAAUGUUUAAAGGAAAGAAAAAGAAAUGUACUUUAAGAAUCAAGGGUCUGGAGUCUGUCAGGGGAUGCUGAUUCAUGAGAUAAUCAAAAGGGAACUUGGAGUAAUGACUGAACUGAUAUGUAAAUAAAAUAUUGGUCUACAAGAGUUAUCCAGAGUUUUUAGUAUUGGUUUCAAGCAAGAGAGAGCUGCCUUGAGCAAAGGGCUGUCUGUCACCUUGUACCCCAUGAUUGACUUUGAGUUAUUUUUUUUUCUUCUUUUUUCUUUUUUUUUUUGGAGCUGGGGACCGAACCCAGGGCCUUGCGCUCGCUAGGCAAGCGCUCUACCACUGAGCUAAAUCCCCAACCCCGACUUUGAGUUAUUUUUAUUCUUUUCAAAUACCCCUUCUCUCAGGAACCCCUCUCUAAGCUGAGGCUGGUGCUUGGCAAAGAGGACCCAAGUUGGGUUUCCAGGUCCACUGCUACCAGGAACACCUUGAAUCUCCUUUGCAAUUAAGGAAGGUAGCUGAGGCCAGGCAUGUGGCUGGGGUGUCCCUGGCAUGGAAGUCCAGAGAGGCUAUUCUGUGAGAAUGAGAAGGGGAAGCCUGGAUUGCCUAGAUACUCCAAGAGGUCAGAGAUGUCAGACCUGUGGGAUACCUGCCGAGGAAAGCUGCUACCAGGGAGUGGAACCAGCCCAGGAGAAAGAAAUUUGUUGCAGUCAACACAGCUGAAAGGAGUUGGAGAUCUGAAGAGCCCUUUGACAUCAGACACGAGUUAGAGUCUGGAUGGAGUUGGCUCAGCUGGUUUUCAGCCUUGCUUUGGUCCAGGGUUUCCUCGCCGUGCUCCCUUGCCUGUUUUGGAACAUAAAUGUAUAUCCUGGGCCAUGAUAUCUUGGAAAUAUAUGAUCUGCUUUUUUAUUUUGAUUUUUAUAGGGGAUUACAGUUAUGGGAUCGCAUGAAAUCUCAGAAGAGACUUUGAACUUCGGACUUUUAAAACAUUGUUGGGACUUUUUGAAGUUGGACUAAACACAUUUUGCAUUAGGUUUUGGUUACAAGCCUAUGGGGGGGGGGGCGGGUAGUAGAAUGUGGUAGUUUGAAUAGGUAUGCUCCCCUCCCCCCCAUCCUCAGUGGCCUCAAAGCCUUGAUAAUCAUGAUCUCUUGGGAAGCUGCACAAGUCCCUGUCUCAGAAAACAAAGGUAGAGCUGGCUCAAUAGUUAAGAGAAUAAAUGUUCUUCCAGAGGAUCUGGCUUCUAUUUCCAGUGCCCACAUUACACUUAACAUGUCUAACUCCAGUUCUAAAUCAACACCUCUUGCUGGCCUCUGCCAGCAAUGUACACAUGUGGUCUACAGACAUCCAUGCUGGUAAAAUACCCAUACGUGUAAAAUAAAAAUAAAUCUAAAAAAAAAAAAGUAAAAUUAUUAAGGAAGCGUAACAAGUCAUGAGAUGUGAAUAAAUGGAAAGUUUUAAAAAGCAAAAAUAAAUAAAGUAUUUCCUGGUCUGA